UCGGCAUUGGAGUCUUGGAGGACUUGCUGACCGGACUUGGAACUGAGAGAGGGAAAGGCUUGUUCUGGGUUCAGCUAUUGAUGUGAUGGCCUUCACCGGUGAGGAAAAAAUGAAGGGUUGUCACCCGAAACUUUUCGGUACAAAGGAUAAGAAAUCUGCAAAGAAGACAGACGGUUCAACCUGCAAUGCAGCAGGUGACGUUGGACUAAGUUCUUGUAAGACAGUAUCCUCUUCCCCACUGAGAACACUUUCAGGAGUUAAGAGCAUACGUCUCAGCCAUUUCCUGGCCCAACCUUCUAUGAAUAAAACAACCGAGACCCUCAGAAUAUUUGUCUCUACCUGGAAUGUUGGUGGUAAAGCACCUACUGCUGAACUGAACAUGGAUGAUUUUGUUCCACCUGAUGACAAUUCAGAUAUUUAUGUGUUGGGUUUUCAGGAAAUUGUUCCGCUCAAUGCUGGUAACGUGCUUGUGGUAGAAGACAACGAACCAGCUGCAAAAUGGCUUGUUCUUAUAAACCAAGCAUUAAACCGGCCUGCUGACAGUGAUACCAAUGUCUUUCAGCAUCAGCCAUCUCCCUCCAACGAAUCAACCUCCUCCCGAGCUUCUUCAAGCCUCGAUGCUUCAUUCUCUGACUUAACAAAAACAGCAAGUGGUUCUACAAUAUUUCAGAAGUCUUUUCUGAAAUCCAUUAGUAAACCCUUCAUGCCACUCCACAGAAAGCAGCUUAAGACCUGCAACUGCCCAAUCGAAAUGAUCAAAUCAUCUUACAAGGAUGCUUGCUUUCGACGCCCGAAAAAACACGUUGACGAGACUGAUUCCUCGGGAGAGGAAGAGAAAGAGAAUACAAGGGAUUCUCGCAGCUCUGUUCUAAGUGAAGUAACUUCUGCUCCCACUGCAAGGGAUCAACUAAAAUAUAAUCUCAUAGUGUGCAAACAAAUGGUUGGUAUUUUUGUCACUGUUUGGGUAAAGAAAGAACUAGUGCAGCACAUCGGCCAUCUAAGAACAUCGUGCAUAGGGCGAGGAAUUCUAGGCUGUCUAGGAAACAAGGGAUGUAUAUCAGUAAGCAUGACAGUGCACCAGACAAGCUUUUGUUUCAUCUGCAGCCAUUUGGCUUCAGGUCAGAAAGAAGGCGAUGAAUUCAAAAGAAACUCUGAUGUUCUAGAGAUACUGCGGCUCACGCUGUUUUCAAGGCUUUGCAGGAGAGCUGGGCGAAGAAUCCCAGAGAGAAUUCUUGAGCAUGACAAGGUGAUAUGGUUUGGGGAUUUGAACUACCGUAUUGCGCUGAGCUACGCAGAUACAAAAAAGUUUUUGACAGAAAAUAAUUGGGAUGCCCUUUUCGAAAAGGACCAGCUUAAAAUUGAACGGGAUGCUGGACGAGUGUUUAAGGGGUGGAAUGAGGGGAAGAUAUAUUUUGCUCCAACAUACAAGUACUCCUGCAACUCGGAUGCUUAUGCUGGUGAGACUGCAACAUCAAUUAAAAAGAGGAGAACACCAGCAUGGUGUGACAGAAUAUUGUGGCGUGGAGAUGGCACUUCACAGUUAUCCUACUACCGCGGGGAGUCCAAAUUUUCAGAUCAUCGUCCUGUCUGUGGAACCUUCAUCGUCGAGGUCGAUGCGUUAGAUAGAAAGGCAAGGAGGCGCUCGUCUAAUGCUGAUAUGAGAAUUGGUGCUGAAGAGCUGUUACCAAAGGACAGGAAUAAGGGUAAAGGCCUAUCACGGAGUCUGAGCUCUAAAACACCACAGUAGUGUGCAUGCCAGUUGUACAAAGAAAAGACGUAUAUUCAUCAUGUUCCAAGAAUCCCUCUUGGGUUCUGUCUGGACGAUGGAUAAAAACCCAGCCUGGUGCUCCUCUUUCAAACGGGGCGACAUGCUCAGCA